ACGGAAACGAGCUAGGUCACCCUGCCACGCCCCACCUUCACCCCUUAUGAGAUGAGUGAGGCCCAAGACCCUGCCUAUGUCCCUGUGGUUACAACCCAGGUGAGGCUGGGGGGCUGCAGCUGGCAAGGUGGGGGCAAUGGAUUUCUCCAUUCCCGGCAGCAUCAGGAGCUCCAGGCCUUCCUCAACCUUCUGGAAGACAGCUUUGUCCAGGAUUUCCUCUCCACAGACCGCUGCUUCCGGAUUUCGGAUAAGUAUCUCCUGGCCAUGGUGCUGGUCUACUUCCAGCGCGCCCACCUGAAACUCAGCGAGUAUACCCACAGAAACCUGUUCUUGGCACUGUACCUUGCGAAUGACAUGGAGGAGGACCUGGAGGAGCCCAAAUGUGAGAUUUUCCCAUGGGCCCUGGGAGAAGAUUGGUGUCUUCAGGUGGGGAAAUUCCUGCAGCAGAGGGAUGAACUGUGGGCACGGAUGGGCUUCCGGGCAUUGGUGAGCCGCCAGUGCUGUGAGGAGGUCAUGGCAAAGGAGCCGUCGCACUGGGCGUGGACUCGGGAGCGGCGCCCCCACCAUGGCGGGGUUCAGAGGGGCUGUCCGCAGGUCCCAGCCCGCUUCCCCCGAGGCCCCGGCCUGUCACCGCCCCCUUGUUCCCUCUGUGACUUGCCGCAGCAGCGCAGCCACCACCAACCUUUGCCUGCAUCAUCCAAGUGCCCUUCCCUGACCUUGGAGUGCCACCAUCCUUAUUCCCAAAAUUAUCUCUCGGCAGUCAAAAACCCCUGGGGUGGGGACUUCUUCAUCAUCUUGCCCCCCCAGAUGCAACUGGAGCCAGGCACAUACACCUUCCAGAUCUUCCCACAGCCUUCCUCACACCCCAGACGCUGAUGCUCCGCAGGGGGAAGA